AUGUUUGAAGAGGACGAAGAAGAACUCGAGUUAUUACGUCAAUACGAAGAUAAAGCGCUUGACGCUGACGAAGAUGAAGGACACUCAAGCGAUGGUAUGGAUAGUGAUCUGGAAGACAAGAUCAUGAGUAUGGUGCAGUACGGAUCAGGCAUUUCUAAAAAGAAGCCUAUACCUGCACCUCCAAAACCCGAAACAAGGGUUGAUCCAGCUGUUGUUUACGCACCUACUGAAACAGACGAGAAAAAGAAGUCUGAAUUCUCUGCAUCCAACGAACUUCAGUUACAAGAAGACGAUGAGAGCGAUGAACCCGACCUUUAUAAAAGCAAUAAUAGUGAAUCUGAAGACGAUCAUCUAAGCUCGUUAGAUACAACAGCAAAAACAACAACAGUAGCAGCAGAACCCACAGUAACACGCUAUAUUAAUCUAGAUGAUAAACAAUACAUAGAAGACCAAGAAACAUCAGAGGAAGAAGCUGAAUUAGGCUUAAAACUACAAGAAUUGAUUGAAGAACAG